AUGAGUUUCGAAGGCAAAGUUGUGAUUAUCACAGGAGCAGGGGGAGGAAUUGGGUCCGCCACAGCCGUCGGUUUUGCCGAACUAGGAGCCAAACUGUGCCUCGUUGAUGUCAACCAGCAAGCUCUCCAAAAUACUUUUGAAAAAUGUUGUUCUAAAGGUGCAGUGUUUGAAAACAUACGGAUCAAUCAAUUGGACCUAAGCAACGAAGAGACAGUUAACUGUGUUAUUAGUGAAACAGUCACGGCUUUCUCCAAAAUCGAUGUGCUUAUCAACAACGCCGCCAUAUCGUCCAAACAUAAUAUAUUCUAUGAAGAUUUCCUUGAAAAAUACGAUGCCACGUUCAAUAUAAAUCUUAAGGCGCCCAUGUUGCUCACCCACUUAGCUGUGCCGCAUCUUAUUAAAACUAAAGGGAACGUCAUUAACAUUACAAGUGUGGGAGGAAUACGUCCCUUGCCUGAUUUACUGUUGUACAACAGUUCGAAAGCAGCUUUACGACAUUUUACCAAAUGUGUAGCGUUGGAACUCGCACCCAAAGGCGUGAGAGUGAACUCUAUAGCCCCAGCUGCGGUCAAAACAGAUAUGGUGAAGUUACUAGGAGUUACCGAUGUAAAGGAGUUCGAAAAGCGACGCGCGCCUUUGCUACCUUUGAAGAGGAUGAUAGAUUGUGAAGAAGUGGCAGAACUGAUAACGUUUCUAGCCAGUGAUAAAGCGGCAAGCAUCACUGGAGCAGAAUACGUCAUAGAUGCCGGUCAUCUCCUAGGAGGAACUACGCCGGACUAUACGUCAUUUCAGAAAAUUACUUACCUGGAAUUGUAUCAGAGUCAACAGCAUCAUCAAUACCAACUAUUAGAGCUGGGGCCACCUCAGACACAUCUGGGUCUACAACUGCAUCACUGGUUGCAGGCCCCCCUCCAGUAGCUAGCCGAUGUUGACGUUCUGCUUCCCUUUGCCGCUGCUUGAGGUUCAUCCACAAUCUCCUCAGUUGUUUAUUAGUAACCUAAAAUCAAGGAUGCAAUUAUAAAAAAUCUAGCAAAAAGCGAGAGUAAAAUCGCGCACUGUAGGUUAAAUAAGUUUGUUUACCUGAUUAGUGGCAUGAGGGCUUGCGUUGUAUUCUCUGGUUACAAUAUCCCAAGCUUAAUUUUUUGCGCGUAUUGAAGCGCCAUCGGUAUCCUUAUUCUCUAUCACCGAGGAGUAUCUUUUCAAAAUAUCCAAAAAAGUUUUCUUCUCGAGGAGAGUAAAAAUAUAAUUGUUGUCAUCGUUGUGGAAAAUAAUUACUUUACGUUUAUUAUUGAUAAACAAAAACAAAACAAGUGGUUGCGAAGGACGCGUAUAUUUUUUUUUUGACAAUGAUGUUUGUUGCGUUUCGUUUUCACUACGCAUUGCGUUUUGAAAUCAUAACAAAUUAUUUCUAAAACGUUAAAUGACCAUUUUUAUAAAAAAAUUAAAUAACGUACGUAUGAAUUAUAAUAAUUUUUAUAUUUUAGUAAAUAAUUGAACAAUUUUUAAUAUGUUUGAAGCCCUAAACCGAAAUAUUUUUUUUAAGCAAGAACGAAACGUUGAUUCGUUCGGUCUAUAGUUCACUCAAUUAGGACGUUUACUUGAGAUCCUGAACUUGAGAUCGAUAUCAUGUGAUACGCGCUCAAUAUUCGUCUAUUAAUUAACGUCGCACUUAAGACGCUGUUUACAUCUUGAGAGUGACUCAGUUGAUAUCGCUCUUGAGAGCGGUAUUGAGAUCAGUUUAUAAAUACGGGCCAUAGAAUCACGCCUGUAAUGUAACGACGCGUGUAACAAUAUUUAUGAGCUCGGUGGCGCAGCGGUUAACGCGCUCGGUCUGCGAUUGUUGAAGUAAAGCAACUUUCGCAAAGGCCGGUCAUAGGAUGGGUGACCACAAAAAAAAAGUUUUCAUCUCGAGCUCCUGCGUGCUUCGGAAGGCACGUUAAGCCGUUGGUCCCGGCUGCAUUAGCAGUCGUUAAUAACCAUCAACUGGGCCCGCGUGAUGGUUUAAGGCCCGAUCUCCCUAUCCAUCCAUAGGGAAGGCCCGUGCCCCAGCAGUGGGGACUUAAUGAUGAUGAUGAAUUUCCUUCUAUCCUCUUUAUCCUAAUGAAGGGAUUUUCAGGCUACGUUCCUCAAAAACAAUAUUGAUAGAUGGCGCUGUAAGGAUUUUCCUUCGUUUUUCCUUCGAUUAUCUACCCGAGUGACAAGAAUAGGUACCUAAUUAUCACGUUCAAUCUCGACAGUGCCAUCUAUAUUAUUUUUAGA